AUGGGCUUUUCAGCAGCACUCUUUCAGGUUUUGAAAUACAUUUUCAUUUUGUACUUUCUUUCAAGUUACAAAUCAAUUCCCUUAGCAUAUUAUUUCAGAUUCUACAAGAGAAUUGUGUCACUUACAAUCUUGCCAAAACUUUGUUCCAAACAUAAAAACAUUGAUUUUUCCAAAUUGCCCCUACCUUCCUCUGUUGUAUCUACCGAUGAGUUGAAAGUAUUUAGACCUACGAUUUUAAAGACUUAUAACUCUCCAUUUGAAUGCGAUUUCUACCUACAUAAAAACAAUGCUGCUUACUUUACUGAAUGCGAUAUUGCAAGAACCGAGCUAAUGUUGUCUGUUUUCCAAAAUUUCAUGUGGCAUUAUCAAGAUUCAUCCCCAAAUAAAAAUUCGUUUUUCAAAUCCUUAGCAGAUUCGCCUUAUGUUCCUGUUGCUUCGAUUCAGGCCAUCUUCAAGAAAGAAAUUGCUCCUUUUCAAAGAUACAACAUCAUCACCCGAAUCUUGACGUGGGACGAAAAGUGGAUCUUUGUUCUCUCCAAGUUUUGUUCAGGAAAGGACAACAAAAACCUCCACUGCAUCUUGACCACCAAGUACGUCUUGAAGGAAGGCAGAAAGACCAUUCCUCCAAAGAAAGCCUUGCAAAUCUGUGGCAUUUACAACAACAAGAUCCAGGAAAUUGCUGACAAAAACUUGCUCAUAGUCCAGCGGUUCAUUAACACUGGCGAUCUUGAGAACGUUGAGAUGUUCAUCUAG